GCAGUGCGCACGCCGGCUGAGCUGGGUCUCGCGGCUCUGUGAGCGGCAGCGGAGAGCGAGGCCUGGUGAGCGCCGCCGUGGUGCGCGCCGGCUGGUCAAGGUUGUGCGCAGAAGAGGCGCAGCGGGCGGGCCAAGAGCGAGCGUCUCCCUCUUCGUAGUGGCACCGGGACCGGUCGCCUGGAGCCGAAAUCAUGUCCACACCAGGAAAAGAGAACUUUCGCCUGAAAAGUUACAAGAACAAAUCUCUGAAUCCUGAUGAGAUGCGCAGGAGGAGGGAGGAAGAAGGACUGCAGUUACGGAAGCAGAAAAGAGAAGAGCAGUUAUUCAAGAGAAGAAAUGUUGCUACAGCAGAAGAAGAAACAGAAGAAGAAGUUAUGUCUGAUGGUGGCUUUCAUGAGGCCCAGAUAAAUAACAUGGAGAUGGCACCAGGGGGUGUCAUCACCUCUGACAUGACUGAUAUGAUAUUCUCGAAUAGCCCAGAGCAGCAGCUCUCUGCAACACAGAAGUUUAGGAAACUACUUUCAAAAGAACCUAAUCCUCCAAUUGAUGAAGUCAUCAACACACCAGGAGUAGUGGCCAGGUUUGUGGAGUUCCUCAAACGAAAAGAAAAUUGUACACUGCAGUGGUGAAUUUCUUCUAGAGGAGAAGGAAGAAAUCCAGAAAAGGUGAGCCUGGCAUUUGCUAGGAACCAGAGUGGAACCGGCAAAGUGGCCAGCAACAGAGUCCUGAUCCAAAUGGAGAAAGGGAGCCAGGCGUACCUCAACCUGGAGUGGGAAACUUGAUAGGAGUUUGAAUCAGCUUGGGUCCUGACAAAUAUUGCUUCAGGAAACUCUCUUCAGACCCGGAAUGUGAUUCAGGCAGGAGCUGUGCCUAUUUUCAUCGAGUUGCUUAGCUCAGAGUUUGAAGAUGUCCAGGAGCAGGCAGUUUGGGCUCUUGGCAACAUUGCUGGAGAUAGUACCAUGUGCAGGGACUAUGUCUUAAACUGCAAUAUCCUUCCUCCUCUUCUGCAGUUAUUUUCAAAGCAAAACCGCUUGACCAUGACCCGGAAUGCAGUAUGGGCUUUAUCUAAUCUCUGUAGAGGGAAGAGCCCACCUCCAGAAUUUGCUAAGGUUUCUCCCUGUCUGAAUGUCCUUUCUUGGUUACUGUUUGUCAGUGACACUGAUGUACUAGCUGAUGCUUGCUGGGCUCUCUCAUACCUGUCAGAUGGACCCAAUGAUAAAAUCCAAGCAGUCAUCGAUGCAGGAGUCUGCAGGAGGCUUGUGGAACUUCUGAUGCAUAAUGACUAUAAAGUAGUUUCUCCUGCUUUGCGGGCUGUGGGAAACAUUGUCACAGGGGAUGAUAUUCAGACACAGGUAAUUUUGAAUUGCUCAGCUCUUCAAAGUUUAUUGCAUCUGCUGAGUAGCCCAAAGGAAUCUAUCAAAAAAGAAGCCUGUUGGACAAUCUCUAAUAUUACAGCUGGAAAUAGGGCACAGAUCCAGACUGUGAUAGAUGCUAACAUGUUCCCAGCUCUUAUUAGUAUAUUGCAAACAGCAGAGUUCCGGACAAGGAAGGAAGCUGCUUGGGCCAUCACAAAUGCAACUUCUGGAGGAUCAGCUGAGCAGAUCAAGUACCUAGUAGAACUGGGUUGUAUCAAGCCACUCUGUGAUCUCCUCACUGUCAUGGAUGCAAAAAUUGUACAGGUUGCCCUAAAUGGCUUAGAAAACAUCCUGAGGCUUGGAGAACAAGAAGCCAAACGAAACGGCUCAGGCAUUAAUCCUUACUGUGCUUUGAUUGAGGAAGCAUAUGGUCUGGAUAAAAUUGAGUUCUUACAGAGUCAUGAAAACCAGGAGAUCUAUCAAAAGGCUUUUGAUCUUAUUGAGCAUUACUUUGGGACCGAAGAUGAGGACAGCAGCAUCGCACCCCAGGUUGAUCUUAGCCAGCAGCAGUACAUCUUCCAGCAGUGUGAAGCUCCUAUGGAAGGUUUCCAGCUUUGAAGCAAUCCUCUCCUUCUUGUUCCUGUGUCAGACCAGGCUAUCCAGUCAAGUCCUCUUGUGGAGCCCACAGUCCUCAUGGAGCUAAUCUCUCAAAUGUUUUCCAUAAUACUGUUUGCGCUCAUUUGCUUGCCUUGCGCACCUGCUCUCUUACACACAUCUGGAAAACCUCUGGCUCUCUGUGGUGGAAUACCCUUUUAUUACAAGGGUAACCAGAACGGCCCACUCUCUUAUGGAAAAAUCCCUAAGCUUUGGAGAUCCGCACUUACAUUAGAGUCAUGGGAAUAUAUACACAUACUAAUGUGGCUCCCUUUUUUGUGGGGGAAAAAAGAGGACUCUUCCUCAUUCCGUAAAGUGGGGAAAAUGACAUUGAAAGAUAAAACUAAAACCUUUAUCUUGAAUUUUACACAACUACAAGGGAGAUAUUUAGACUUGUGUAUACAUCAGAGUACUCUUCUCGAGUUCUUCCACAGUGAAUCAACCCUUGGAGUACCUGGUGGCUUUUUCUAGCCACAUUUGCAUUAAUCCUUAUUGAGAUGGGAUGGUUUUCUUUCCUCUAAUGGAGUCAUUUUCUUCAGAUAUUAAAGUUAAACCAUCCAAUCCCUCACCUUCAGCCUUCAGUGAAUGUGCUUCUAGUUGUCAGGAAUGCUGAAGAAUUAACACUUUGACUUUUAAAUGUGAUCCUGGCUUGGCAGAUUUCCUUAAAGCAGGAAGGAGAGAAGCAUAUAUUAGUUUGUAUGGCUUUUGCUUCUCUUUGUUUUUGUUUCUUAGGAUUUGGAAGUGGUUCAGUUUUAACGCUGGUAUGAAGGCUAAAAGUCCUUAAGUAAAACCAUGUUCAAAAAUCCAAUUAAAGACUAAGAACAUAAAACCCAUCACUUUGUUUAAACCGGUGUGACGAGAGGCUGUGUUUCUGCAUUACAAAUGAUCCUCAGGCUUUGUGGUCCUGACCAAGGGCCUGGUAAAUUGGAGUCACCCUAGGUGCUUUUCCUCUUCGUGACUGGCAGAUAACACAUAUUUAAAUGUUACUUAGGGAUUUUUUUUUCCUUUGUUGAGUGCAGCUCGAUUCUAAUGUAAUCAUGCUGCAUACAUGCUUUUGCUGUGCAGCAUCCUUAUCUUUAAAAGCAUACUAGUCUCCUCAGUGUGACCUCUAGACUAAAAGGGCAGUGAUCCAAUAACCUCAGUAUCCCCUGUUUUUAUUUCAUCUCCUACUAGUACCCUACCUCCCCUAGGAAGAACAUGCCCACCUCCUGCUUAUUUAAUGAUGACUGUAAUGUACCUGCAAAUGGCGCUUCCAGUACUGUGUUCACUGACAUUUGUGCUUGGACUAGAAGGGGAAAGAAACAAGAAAAAAAGGAUAAUUGCCAAGAGAACUGCAAAUGAGUUCAAUGUGACUUCUCGGUGCUAGUUGGCCAUCUUGGCUCAAUGUUGGGACACACUAUCAGAGAGAGGAGUCUUUUUUUUUUUCCCCAAUGAUAUUCUGUUCAAAAUGAAUUCUGAAGGAAAAGUUGCUCAUGUCUGUUUCAGAGCAUACCCUUUUAAAUCUUUUUAGACUACUCUUCUAGAAUUCAUCAUAACCCCAAAAUAGAUAAAAGCUAUCUAGAAGUUGCCCUGACAAGCUAUUGCACAUCUCUGGUAAAUCCUGCUGAAUGUAAGGAAUAUUCAGAGCUCUCAUACCUCAUCAUGAUGUUAUUUAAGCAGCCAAUUUACACGACCUGAUUUACUUUGAAAAAUUUGUUUCAUUCAAACUAGAAAGUUCCAGAGACAAAGGACAUUUCUCAGCCAAGAGUGUGAUGCAUUCUUGCCCUAGUCUUUACUUGUGUCUGCUCUGGGAUGGAUGCUGUCUGAUGUCUGUUACCAAUGGAGCAGAUACCACAAAACUAGUCAACUCCCGUCUGUCCUGUUGUUUUCUAGUGCUGCUUUGUGCUGAGAGAACAUGUUAGUUUACUGAACUUGACCUGUACAAGACUGAUUCUUUGUAAUUUUAGGGUUAAAUUAGGUGGUUAAUUUAAAGAUGAACUUUCAAUGUUGCCUUUACAUCACAUUACAGUAUCACUUCUUUGAGAAGGUAAUAGAAGCACUGAUUCAUAGUAAAAAUCUUGUUUUUAGCUUUGACUUUUCUUGUGGCUGAUUUCUUUUUAAAUUGUAAAUUACUGGUAACAUGUUAUUUCUAUAGAAUGUUUUAAAUUAUGUACCUUCUAUUGGAUAGUUAAAACCUUUGCAUCUUAUAAAGGAGUUUGAAUGAAAAGAAAUAGAAAGCACACAGAGUUGUCACCUCACCUUACCAAGAGCAUACAGCUGGAACUUUUGUAGCAAUAUCAGGGUGGCCCAAUGAGUUCAGGUCCAUUAAUCAGUGUGAGCUCUUUUAUCUUAAGCCUGACCAGAAGUUCAUGAACUUUAAAUAUUCUGAACUUUGUUUUUAUAGUAAAAUGAUUGUUUCAGUGUAAACAUGGCAUUCAGCUAAACCCUGGCAAGUUCAGAUGUUCUGGAACUGAGUACUUACAAAGAAGACUUUUGUUUCUUAACGCAAGUGGAAUCUUAGGGGUUACUUGUAAAUCCUAUUUUUAGUCUUUCACCUGGCAAAGUCUAUUAAUUUAAUCUUUUGAAGAUUUUUAUCAGAAAGGUGUUACUUAUUACAGAAGCAUGUUAGUAUUUAUAACAUAAAACCUCUUAAGGAUUUUAGAUAGUGAUCAGGGCAAAGUGGCUUUGUUGUUUUCCUUCUCUGUCUCCUUCCAGACUUUCCAAGUAUGUAUUUUAUACUGAGAACUUUGAUUUUUAAAGAAGCAUUCAGAGACUUUGAGAUGUAAAGGUACCUGGUACCUGAAGCACCAAAAGGUAAAGAGCCGGGUGGAGAAACACCCCAGAACAUUCAGAUGCCAGGUACAGAACACAGUUAGGAGACUUGGCUGUGGGACACGGGUUCUUGCCACCAGUCAAAGCCAUCUUUAGAUUGCCCUCGUUAGCCCCCUGCUGGAAACUCUGCUGCACCAGGGUUGUUUCUUCCACACACCAGACUAAGCUGUUGGACUCCGGGUGUUUCUCAGCCUUACUGUCCUAUAAUAAAUCUGAAUUAUUCCAGUUGCUGCUGACUAUGCCUAAGAAAACAUAUGUAAGUAUAAUUUGUCAACCAAAUUCUGUUGUACAUGACUACCUACCGGCAACUUUGAUUGAUUUCUGUAGUGCUAAAUAAACAUUUCAGCUGUCUGACCCCAAACGUGGGGCUGUAUUGUAAAACAGGUUUUCCUUGGGUUAUGGGAUUUAUUUUAUGUCUGAUUAAAUUUGGGGGAAAUUUUCAUAUCAGUAAGCAAGCCAUUUUAGCUGUUUUUAGGGGCUGGAACUUUUUAUUUAAGUUGGAAAGUGUGUUGAGUAAUGUGCCAUAAGAAAAAGGAGUCAGUUUUUGAGCGGGGAUUGUUUCUUUUCAGGGUGCAUACAUACCUUCCAAAUUAGAAAGUUUGCUCACUUGCAGUUUCAUUUUGAAAUCCUAAAUUAGUAGAGCCAUUUUUUUUUGUUUGAGGUAGACAAAUUAACUAUCUGUCUGCAGAGUUGGAAGUAUUUAGACUCCUAUCAUUCAAAAUUAGUUAAAUAUAAUAUUUGCCUGUAUAUAAAUGAUAUUCUAUAUUCUUUAUUGUUACAAAAGAACAGCUUAUGAGUACUAAGACAUCAGGGUAAUGUUUAAUAAAGUAGAGGUUUAAUGUUUUAAAAAUAUCACAUUGCUAGAGCUGGAGGGAGACCUCUUGUGUUAGGAGGUCAUCUGUUACGGGAAGUCACUACCCUCGAGGAAGAUGGGAGUGUGGCUCCCAGCACCCACAUCAGCACCCAUCUUGCUUUGACUCCAGCUACAGUGGAUCCGGAGCUCUCUUCUGGCUUUCCCGGGACACAUGGUGUGCACGCAUACCUAUGAGCAAGCACUUCCAGAUAAAAACAAACCUUAAUUUUUUUCAAAGUACCAAAUUACUAUUGGUCAUAAGAUCAUCCAGAAGCUUGAGGUAAGAAAGAAUGAAGGAAUACUAGGUCCUGUUUUCAGCUAAGUGUAGACAAAUUUCUGUCCUCCUUUAGGUCAAAUAAUAAAAAAGUCAUAUUUAGUGUCUAUUUUGUUUCAGGGCAUUCCCUUAAUCAGUCCUUUAGUUGCUAUUUAAGAUGGAUAAUUCCGACUGUAUUAUAAAUAGAGGCUCAAAACUUAAUGGAGUACUUGGCUUAGAUAGAUGGUGGCUGUCCAGAGGAGAGAGCCUUGCAAGCUCUGCAUCAGACCAUUGUUCCCAACUGUUCCUAACUGGCGAUACUUUGAAGUGGCUCCAUCUCAUAAUCACAAUUGCCAUUGAUUUGCAUAUUCUGAUAGAUGAAUUGACUCCCUUGUUCCUAAGCAUCCUUCCCCUUCUGCAGUACUAACAUUCAGACAAGUGCAACACUUUAAAAGAAAUUCAGGCAGUUGAUUGUGAAUUUAGUGACAGAAGUGAAAACAGAUAUUGACGUAGGAAAACUCUUUGGGGUGCAAAGUAACAGCUCUUCUGAUCAGCACCAUGGGUGUGACACUAGCCCAGCCUGCUCUUAAACAUAGAUCCUGUGCCCUUUCUCCAGAGUGUUUGUACACUUGAUCUAGAAUGGCUAUUGAUACUUUGUACUGAAUGCACUCUGCCAGCCGUGGGUGAAUGAAUGCUUUGCACACGGUCAAUUUUCAAUAAAUAGUGGAUGAGGAGUAUACACCUGUGGUAGUAAUGGGUGCACAGCUGAAUCCAGAAUUGACAACUGUUAAAAGCAAAUGUAUCAACAGAGUGUUUCAUUUGUAGUUACUGUUGAGGAUAGAGAGAGGGUCCUGAAGUUUAUGAAAAACAUUUUCACACCAGGAGUCUGUGACAUCAAAGCAGUAAGGAAGAGGAAAAGCUGCUGGUUUAUUCUGCAAGUAGCACACACUGCAGUGCAUUUGAUACAAGUUUUGUUACUGUACGUCCACCUGAGGUGGGAGCCCAGUGGCUAGGCUGUUGAGGUUUCCGGUUUUCACAUAUUAUAUAUAUUGCAGAAGAAUGCUUUUUUUAUUCCUCUAGGCUUAUAAAACAAAUGAAAAGAAAAAGUUGGUAUAUUCUUUACUCUGACAGUUUCACUCCUUGUGAGGUUUACUGGCCCAGUAUUUUUGUGAAAAGAACUUUAAAUCAAAACAGCUUCAGUUUCUGUGAACUCUUGUUUCAUAUCCAAUACAAAAAUUGUGGACUCUA